GUGUGCUGUAUUGCAGCGGGCUUUGGGAGACUACCGUUCCGCUGCGGUCUAGGUGGUGAGGAGUUCGCAGGAUGGUUCAACAAUAAAAACGCUUUGAAUAAGCCAAUUUUUCCAAAAACAUAUACGCUGCUGUAUGUCUAUGUAUCUUUACUAUGCAAAGGAAACGUUCCGCUAUAAACAGUUGUCUAGAGUUUUAUCGAGUUGCAACAUUAUAGUUAAUUAUAAGCGAAAUUCCGUCACGGGGCUAAGAACUUUAUUUUAAAGUCGCAGAAGUAUCCCAACCCUCUCAGUCGGGUAGGUCCCUUAAUGGUAAAGCUCAUGUGGUUUGUUAAGCUGUCCAUCACCCUGGCUCAUUGACCGCAAGUGUUCUAUACAUUAUUUCUUACACCUGUACAUUCUGUUACUAUGAUUUAUUGAGUUUCGUACAUAAAGUUUUUUGUGGGUGUCCUGCCGGACAUAAACGUUUCAUUGAAUGCUAAUUCGUCAACGAUCAAUGUUUUCUUCCAAAAUAAUGUAUAUACAGCGCUAUUUACUUACUUUGUCGACUCAAGGAAAAAAUGGAAUGAGGGCUUCGUCUUCACCAUAUUUGCUGUGUUCGUCUGUUCCAGUUGCGAGACGGCCCACUGUAAACAGAACUUUUCAUGUGAAUGCAAGCUAUAGAGCGCAUGUCGGGGAACAGGCGAAUAAGAGUUCGCCAAUUAUAUACCCUACCAAGUCUCGAGCUUUUUUGAGAAGAAAGAUUAUAGACGAUUCUCCAAGUCGAACUCCCGUUAAUCUAUAUUUGGAAGCAGAACAAUUGCUUCAGCAACCAGCUUCUAGUGAUGUUAAAUUGGAUUUCAUUAAAUCAAUAAACGAAGUAAAACCGGAAAAAAGUGAAGUUACCGAAACUCAAUACGAUGCUCUGCUAAUAAUGCUGGAAAACUCCUUCUUAAAAGAGCAGUUGCAGCACUACGUAAAAAGUUUUAACAUUAAAAACUUUUACCGACUAACAAAACGUGAACUUGUUGUUCGCAUUUUAGAAGAUGUUUGGCAACUAACUUGCAUUAAGCGAGUCAAUGAAAAAUUGGAAGUUUCUGAGAUUCUUAAGCUAUCUGUCGACGAGCUUUUUCAUAUAUAUGUCAUUAGAAACACAACGCUUGCUCAAUGGAGUGCUCGGUUGAAUUGCCGCGCAACUUUUAACUUUGAAACAUUGCAGCUCAUUCUUAAUGGAAGAAAGAAUGAUGUCAACGCCCUUCAAUCAAAGAUUGCUUCCUAUUUAAAGGGAAUAACGAAGCUUUCUAUCACAUCUAAAGCAUAUGAAUUUGCUCGCUCUAAUAUCCGCUCAUUCUUUCAACGGUUUCGAAUUCCUAUCCGUUUUCUUCCGGAUAAUCAAAUUAGUGUUUGUACACAUGCAUCUACUGUUCAUUCAUCUAACUCUUUACGGCGUUGCCUUAAUUACGCAGCAUUUUGCGAGUCUAACUCACCGAACAAUGUUUUCCUUGCUCUUUCACCGGAAAAAAGUAACAUGCCUCUGCCAUUAAUGUAUGAUUUUUUCCCACUAACUUCAUUUCCGUGGUAUCUACACAAUAAAAUGUGGAAAAGGUGGUCGUAUCCUGCGACUUUAACUGGGACUAAAUUAGUGGAUGUCGAUCAAAUUCCAUUUACUAUUGCCGAUGACUUACAAUCGAAUAGUCCAAAAUGCUACUACAAUGGUCUAACAGAAAUACUGAAGGUAAUUUCCUCGCCGCGAAUUGAGCUUUCAGGUGAAAAUAAAGAAUACGUAAAAAUAACACUUGGCAACUUUUUGUUUGACGAUUACUUCGCCAAUUACCAAGGAAAAUAUAAGCCAAAUACAACAUCUAGCACAGAAGUCGUACUAGAUGAGGGCCGGCCACAUUCGGUAUUCGUUCCCUGUUCUGGAGGUUUAGCUUCAAAAGUUCAAAGUUUGAUUGCCUUUAAUGAUACACGCUUUUAUCGUGAAAUUAUCCUGCUACAGGACACGUUCGAACAUAAUUGUGCAGAAACUAUUCCUACUUACCUGCGCUUGUUGAUACCGCAAGGAAAAGACCUUGAGAGCACACUCCGUGAGACACAUUUUACAGCCGUUUACACCCGUAAAGAGGUGGUUAUGGCUCUGACAAAUUGCGAUUUGGACAUUAAGGUACAGUUUCAACAGUAUCAAUCCCUUCCUAUCAAUGAAGACAUAAUGAAGUUAGUCGAGUAUUUAAUUGCACCAGUGGCAGGUCUAAAAAGUUUAGCAGAUUACUCGUACUCUUUCAACACAAAGAAGGGCACACUACAUUAUGUCUUCGCAACUUCAAAUAAGUUACAAACUCGAGAGGCUUUCAAGGAUGCAAUCUGUGUUUCUCUCAACUCUAGUAUCCGAGAAUGGGGAGGAAUUAAUUCUAGCGUUUCAAUGACUAGCGCAUUGGUGUCGCAGCCUUUUCAGUCUCUUUCUAAUUUUGUUUCUAGUUUUCUAAAUUGAGCGUGAAUAAAUUUCAUGUUAAGUAGUAUGAGCCAUUCUUUUCAAAACUUCAAGUGCCAAACGCCAACAUUCCUCUUCCAAAGUACUCAAAUUUAACGAUAAACAGUACUUCAAUUAAUUAUUGCAGAUGUAGCGUUAAUUGAGCAGUACGACUAAACAACUAACAAAUGGGUGAUUAAGUGGUUUCGGU